AUGAUCAAUCUGGAAAUGAAUAAUAAUUUAUUAUGUAGUGUUGGUAAUAAGACUGAACAAAAAUGGAGACCAAGACUCGGUAUAAUUAGCGGCGUUCCAGCAUUAGCUGGUGAGUACCCAUCAAUUGUUUCGAUACAGGAGAAUGGUUUUCAUAUUUGCGGAGGAAAUAUAAUUAAUGAACACACGAUAUUGACAGCAGCGCAUUGCACUAUUGAUCAUGACACCGAUCUAUGGGAAGUAGAUACAGCUGAUAUUGUCGGCUGGGGUGCAACAUCUGAAUUUGGCCCGUCUUCGAGUGUUCUUCUAAAGACCACCAUUGCAGUUGAAACAAAAGAAGAAUGCAUAGCAGAAUACGGUGAUGAGAUCGAAUUCGGGUUGAUAUGCUCAAAAACUAACCACGGAGAUGCUUGUAACGGAGAUUCUGGAGGACCAAUGGUUUGCAAUGCUAAAGAACUUUGUGGUAUCAUCUCAUCUGGACAAGGAUGCGGCCGUGAAAACGAAUCAGCAUUGUAUAUAGAUGUUUCCUAUUUUGUUGACUGGAUAGACGGGAUAUACUUUGCUCAAAAACAACAGGAGUUAUUGACUGGUGAUGAUGUAAUAGCUGAACAAAAAAAGGAACAGGAAGAAGAUCUUCUUGAAUGUUUGCGAUUGAAUGAAGAAUGGAACAAAAGAGUUGCUCUUCUUAGGGAGGAAAGGUUAGCUAAAGCAAAGGAAGAAGAAUUAGAACGAGUUACGAGGGUAAUUGAAGAACAUAAAUUAAAGGCCCAAAAAAGGAAAGAGCAACUUGAAGCAUUGGUUCGAAAAGAAAAAGUAUGCAUUGAAAUAAUUUAUUUUAUUUUAGUUAUUUCUUAAAAUUUGGUUUGUUUUGAAAUUAAAAAGAUAAAGUAAAUUUAUGAUUGUACAUUUUUGUACUUUCACAUAUCUAUAUUAUUUAAUUGGUUGCUGUUGAAUUUGGCAUACACACACACUCCUUGGUGCUACAGACUGAUAUGGUCCUUGGCCUCCUCAAUAAGUCUUCUCCAGGUAUUCGAUCAUAUGCUGUCGUUUGGCAGUUGUUGUUAGUUGCAGGCAUCUCUGGCAUCAAUG